GUUACCGGGGGCCGCCGGCAGUCCGCGCUCCGCAGCCAUGCGUCCACUCUUGCUUCUACUCGCCCUCGCCGCGCUGCUCGCGCCCGCGCACUUCGCUUCUAUCGCCACACCGGAGAAAAAACUAGGAGAUCCCAUCAAAGAUGUCCUCGACACAGAAGCGCAAAAAGCUCCAGAGGAACCCAUCGAUCAAGCGAACACAAUUAAGGAUAUCGACAACCAGCUCUUAAAGAAAGCGGAACCUAUCCCCGUCAAAGUCGUUGUCGAGGAUGUUGCACCUGUUGUGAAGGACAGUGAAGAUACCGUCAAGAGGGUCGAAAUAGAUCUGAAGCACCCUGGCGAACCCCAGCGCCAAGAACACGAGACCCAGAAUCCCGAGCACUUCGAGCAUGAGCCGGCUCCCGUCGCCACCAUCAAGCAAAUGAUUCAGGACACCCAGGAAGCUUUCAACCAACGCUUCAAAGCCGUCAGUGAAUGCAUUGGCGAAUGGCUGCUCGAUAACAAACCAGAAAUCUCACUUAAAGAUAGCAUCCAAGACUUGCAAGAGACAUUCAUGGAAAACAUAGAGAAGGUGAAUGCCACUAUUCAGAGCUACUGGGACCAAACCAAGGAAGACUCUGAAAAGAAAGUAGAAAUUACUAAAAUGCAGUCCGGUUUGAAAGUUCUGGAAGAGAAGUUUGAAACUGGAGUUAAGGAUUUAAACAAUGGUGUGCGAAACUUGGCCGUAUUGAAGGAGACUCGUGACGAUGCCAGCAGUACCACCGCUAAGCCCCCCGGAAUACAAUUCCCCGGCUUCGUGACCAAUUUCUGGACUUCUGUGACAAAUGGUUUUAGUAACGUAACCAAUCAGUUCCAGAAUAUAAUCGGACAAGGCAACAACAGCUCAACCGGGGCCGUGGGCGUGCAGUCUGACGAGACUUCUGCCUCUACGUCAAAGCCGACCGUGUUCCAAGCAAUUCAAAAUCAGAUCCAAGGUAUCUUCCAGGGCAGGCCGCAGGGUACUCAGAGCGACGAACAGCCCGGCGGUCAAACCGGGCCAUUCGCUCAAGUGAUUCAAAACGUGCCCCUACUACAAAACUUUGUCAACUUUAUCCAACCCAAGCCUCAAGAGCCAAGUAAGCAGCCCGCGCAAAGCACUAACAGCGCAGGAAGCAACGUAGUCCCGGCUGACCCUGCGAAGCCGUCCGAUCAGCAACAGAAGAAGCCUGAAGAAGCAUCCGGCGCCGCGCCCGCCCCCGCCCCCGCCGCCGCUGCCACAGCCCAGGGCCCCAUCCAGCAAAUCAUUCAGAGGAACCCAAUUGUCCAGGGCAUCGCUGGCGCCGUCCAGAAAAUUCAGCACACCAUUAAUAAUCCUGAAAAGCCUAGAGAAGGAACAACGGAAGAGAAAGGCGACGUGAAGGCGGGGUUCUUCCCUUAUUACGGAUACGGUCACAGGCCACAUAGGCCAUCGGACGUGGCCGCCUGGCAGGCGUUCGUAACCGGUCUGAUAGGGUCCAUAGGCGCCACGAUCAACGGGACCGCGACCACCAUCUCGACGGCAGUCAACAGCGCUAUCAACACGAUUGGUAGCAAUAUCGAGACCAUAAUAUCGUCGACAACGGGGUGAAAAGCGCUCCCGUCGAGGCCGAGAAGCCAGUGGAGGCCCCCGUAGCCCCCGAGGCCCCAGUAGCCCCUGAGGCCCCUGCCGUCCCGGCCGAGGCGAGUCCCCUCGUCGAGCCCCUCAAAAAAGACUGAACCAGUCACUAUGUGAUACAUAUAAGUCGUUUAAGCUAGUAAUUUAUUUUAGUGUAAAUGUAAAUAUUAAGAUGAUUGAUAUAAAUUUAUAUCUAAAUUAUA